UCGCUAUAUUAUUAUUUACGCUCACUCCCUCUCUAUUUGCCUCGCCUUGCCUUAUCCUAAUCCUCUCUGCAAUUCAAAGAAGAAGAAAAAUGGCUUCUUCAACUCUCUCAACACUUUCUCUCCGCUUACCCACUUCCUCUAAUCCUACGCACCCUUCCCAUUUCAAAGCCCCUUCCCUCCAAUUCCCUCUCCGUUCCCUCACUCCUCCUAACCUCACCCACCGUUCCACCGCCCUCCGCGCCACGGCCGCCCCCGAAAAAAUCGAAAAACUUGGCACCGAAAUCUCCAACUUAACCCUCGAGGAAGCCCGCACCCUUGUUGACUACCUUCAAGAGAAACUCGGCGUCUCUGCCGCUGCCUUCGCUCCCGCAGCCGUUUCAGUUGCCGCCCCCGGUGGUGCCGAUGCCGAAGCGGCUGUUGUCGAAGAGAAGACCGAGUUCGAUGUGGUGAUUGAGGAGGUUCCUAGCAAUGCCAGGAUCGCGGUGAUUAAAUCCGUUAGGGCUCUGACAAAUUUGGCUUUGAAAGAAGCGAAAGAGUUGAUUGAAGGUUUGCCCAAGAAGUUCAAAGAAGGAGUUUCGAAAGAUGAAGCCGAUGAUGCCAAGAAACAACUUGAAGAAGCUGGAGCUAAAGUUUCCAUUGCUUAGAACAGCAGGUUUGUUUUCCUAUGAUUAAUUUCCAGUACAGUAGAAAAUUUCUAAAUUGCUAUAACUGUUGGUAUUCUGAAUUUUACUCCCUUUUUUGCUCAUUUAAUUGAUGCAUUUUUAUAUA